UCACAUUCGAAACACACAAACACUGUACGCUACCUACGUGUCCUUUGUGGCUUCCAAAGCUUCUCCUUUCCCAUUCUCCCCUUCGGUCGGUUGCCAUUUUCCAUCCUUAGAUUCUUCACCCUCUUCUUCACAUUCUGAUUCUUCCAUUCUCUCUACACCAAUUCCCAUUCCCCAUUCUUCUCAAUGCUCUCAUCCAUGGCCGACCCUUCUCUUUCCUUCUCUUUCUCUUCCUUCUCCUCCCAUCCUUCCCUCCACCUUUCCCCCUCUUUCCUCCCACACCCUUUUCUUUUUUCUCCCAAAUUCCCUCUCUCCCAUCAUCGCCCAUCUCCUCUCCUUCGUUUCUCCCUCAAAUCCUCCUCCUCUGGAGGCUUCAUGGGUGACGACGAUUCAUUCGGAUUGUUUCCUUGGGCCGACGGUGAUUCUGAAAUCCAUUGGGUUCCUGAGGAGCGAGUCACAUUGUUCACCCCUGAUGGGCUGGUUCAGAUUGGAGGCUCCAUUGUCCCUCGAAGAAUUUCUUCUUCAGAUAAAAAACAAGGGAAAUCAAAGACUUCCCAAAGAUUCCAACGGUUUCAAGAGAGUGAUUACAUGGAUCCAAAACAGAGCAUAUGUCUUGGUGCUCUAUUUGAUAUUGCAGCUACCAAUGGACUUGACAUGGGAAGAAGACUUUGUAUCUUUGGCUUUUGCCGUUCAGUUGAGAUGCUAAGUGAUGUUGUGGAGGACAUUGUUUUGGAGCAAGGUGGAGAGGUUGUAGCAGCAGAAAAGGCAAGUAAAGGGGGAUUGCAAGAGAAGCUAACCAUGACAGUUGCUGUGCCACUUCUAUGGGGGGUUCCUCCUGCUUCUGAGACUCUUCACUUGGCCGUUCAGAGUGGUGGAGGUAUUGUGGAGAAAGUGUAUUGGCAAUGGGAUUUUUUGUAAAGUAUGAUAUUCUUUCAGCCUUUUAAGUUCUAUUAACCAUUUCGAUUGUGCAUUCUGUACAUAAAAUUGAUGUAAAUAUAUGUACAAAACUCAAAAGGGCAAUUGUCACAUGCUAUUUUAACUAUAAAUAUUGAAAAUCUAUCAAAUUAUACAGUUUAUUUUAGCUCA